ACAGCGCACAAGCACAAGCGAAUAGAAGUUGGGCACUAGAGAGGCGCGCCAAGGUGACAGACUUUGAUUGCGAUCAAGCAAUUCUCUUUCCUGUCCUCAUCAUCACCUCUAUAAUCGAUCGCCCAACAUGAACCCUGUCGCCGCCCGUUUCGCGCUACGCUCUGCAGCCAGACCUGCUGCUUUACGGUCUUCAAUCCUUCAACAAAGUCAACGUAGAUUUGCCGCUUCUGAACAUAUGGGACAAGAUUUGAUCAAAGAACGUAAUCAUCAUAAAGAUCAUGCAGGUAAAUCUGCUGACCUUUGGCGUAAAGUUUCAAUUUACGGUUGCCUUCCGUUUGCAGUCGUAAUGGCAGUUUACAUUUAUCGUAUAGAAGCUGAACAUUUACAUCAUCGUGAUCAUGAAAUUCAUGAAAAUGGAGGUGAAUUACCCGAAACAACAAAGUACGAAUAUAACGAUAUGCGCAAAAAGCCAUUCCCAUGGGCAAAUGACGGAAAGGACAACUCAUUCUUCUUCAACCCAAAGGCUAACCGCAGCGUGGAUCUUUAAAUACUUGUAUCAAUUUGGAGGCUUCAUUCCUCGAUAAUGCAAAUAAUAUAAACCUGAAGUCAAACGAAGCUCGUGUGAAUUUGCAAAAAAAAAGGGUAAGAUUGAUUUUUUUGGAAGUACAAAUGAUUAGUCUACAGUCAGCAUUGCAGAAAUGAAAAAGGCAAAGAAAGGGUAUUGGUGUGUGUUUGAGUAUGGAUUACACCUUGC